AUGGGUUCAACUUCAAAUCCUCUUGAGCUAAAUUCUCUUGAUCUUGCACUGAGUCUAAAGCCCUCUUAUGUCCCAAAAUCACUCAAUCACUUAUUCAGUGAUCUGGCAAGUAUAGAUAAUGUUCCACACAAAUUGUCUGUUUUGAAUGAGUAUCUUCUAAAACACCAAGAAGAGCUCCACAGAGUAGAGGAAUUUAAAAGAGACCUACCCCAGUGUGUUCUUCUGUUGUUGGAUGCUAUACAAACAUUCAAUAACGAAAUUGAGAAGUUGAGUGGUCAAGAUCAGUUCGAUGCAUGUAAGAAUAGAGGCUCAUGUGAGGAUCCAGUAGAACGGCGGAGUGCGUUCCGAAAAUAUAAGAGCUCAUCACCUCCGUUUAACCCUAGGCCUCGCAACCAAGAUCAUACAAGUCAUGACCAUAAGCCGAUCCUCAUGGAGCCAAGUCCCAGGAGGCCUUUCCCAUGUGAUCUUAACAUGGAGGCAAGCGGUUCAGAACUGGAGCUAGAGCCAGAACCAGAUCCACAACCACAGCCAGAGGUACCUCCGCCUAUGUGGAAACACAGCAGGUUAAGCUGGACGCAAGAGCUCCACACAAAGUUUGUGGAGGUCUUGAGCAUGCUGGGAGGUCCUGCAGAAGCAACUCCAAAACAAAUUAGGGAGGCCAUGCAGGUCGAGGGGCUUACGAACGACCAAGUGAAGAGUCACCUGCAGAAGUACAGGCUCAACAGCUUGGGCGUCAAACCAGCAGCUUCUGCCAAAAGUUAUAAGAGGAAAGUCCCGUUUUACUUCAGGGACUUUUGGAACCCUAGCGCUUCUCAGCAGCAGCUCGAAAGUGCAGGGAAUGGUGGAGGUGGCUCUAGCAGCAGGGGAAAUGCAGAGCCAGAAAUGAGAAAAUCAAAGAGAACCUGGUUAGGUGAUGCUUAG